AUGCCGCCGCCGCCGUCGCUGCCGGACGGAAUCGUCGAGGAUAUCUUCCUCCGCCUUCCGCCGGACGAGCCCGCGUGCCUCGUUCGCGCCUCCCUCGCCAGCAAGCUCUGGCUCGGCCAUCUCACCGGCCCUCGCUUCCGCGGCCGCUACCGCGAGCUCCAUGGAGCGCCCCCCAUGCUGGGCUUCCUUUACGAUUGGUUCUGGGACUACGUGCCGGAGGAGAAAGAUGCCGUCCCGCGCUUCGUCUCCACCACGGGAUUCGGCGCGCGCGUCCCCCCCGACCACCACUGGGGGGACUCGGGCUCGGACUACAACGCGUUGGACUGCCGCCAUGGCCGCGUUCUCCUCGGGGAUUAUGGCGCGCCCAUUCCGCUCGUCGUUUGGGACCCCAUGACAGGCCGCCAAACCAAGAUGGAAGCGCCCAAAGGACAGGAUAUCGGCAGCGGGGCCGCGGUGCUCUGUGCCGUCACCGGCUGUGACCACCGCGCGUGUCAUCAGGGCGCCUUCAGGGUCGUCGUCUUCGGCAGCAUGACCACGCAUGUUUAUCAUCCUGUUACUAUUAUACAGGUGUGCGUGUCCUCGCCGGAGACGGGUGAGUGGAGCCAGCCGUGCCCUGGUCUUGAUCUCGGAGUUGACGCAUUCAUCAUGCCGGUGCCCCCUGUCGUCAUCCGAGAUGCAGUUUACUUGAUGCAUGCGCGUGGUGAGCAUGAUCACAUUGCAGGAAUUCUCAAGUACGACUUGGGCUCUAAUUGCUUAUCGCUGAUUGACAUGCCCCUGCCGGGGGCUGUCAAUGUCGGCGACGUCAUCCUCAUGGCCAUGGAGGAUGGCAGCUUGGGGCUUGCACAUGCCAGUGGAUCAACCCUCUACCUGUGGUCAAGCUCAAGCCAGAUGGGUGUUGCGACAUGGACUCAGCGUAGAGCCAUCGAUCUCAAAAGCCUUCUUCCCAUUCAAAAUCCCAUGGAAGGACUUAGACUGAUUGGAUCCAUGGAAGGCAGUGAUAUCAUCUUCGUGCUUACGGACCUUGGCAUCUACCAGAUUAAUCUUAACUCACUACAGUGGAACAAGAUAUGGAAGAGACAGAAAUUCUUUGCUUUGAUUCCGUACAUGAGUUUCCACAAUCCACAAGGUAUAUCUGUUAUUCCCCUUCUUUUGUGGUUUAUUAGGAACAACGCUUAA